CUAGGGUGGUAAGCGUUUCCAGUGUCUCCGUCUGAAACUUCCGGUGAACAACGAGGCGCUAGCAGCGUUAGCUUCCAGAGAGCGACUAACUGCUGAAGAAAUAUUCAGAACCAUCGUCCAGGAGGAGGAAGAGACCGAGCAUCAGCUCAGACUGCUGGAUAGCAGCUGGAGAACCCGAACCGGGUCAGAACCUCCAGAGAGCGACUAACUGCUGAAGAAAUAUUCAGAACCAUCGUCCAGGAGGAGGAAGAGACCGAGCAUCAGCUCAGACUGCUGGAUAGCAGCUGGAGAACCCGAACCGGGUCAGAACCUCCAGGCCUUCCUCAGCAUCAUGUCUGCUACUCGGCACCUUCACACAGACCACCUUCUCAAAACUGAAGAGAGCAACUCCAACGCUGACCCCAUCAUAUCAAACACUAUAGAGAUAAAAGAACAGGGAGAACCAGAAACACAGCAGAGUGAGCCAAAAGGAGAACCUGAACCAAUAACAACAGAACAUAUUGAACUGUGGGUCUUUCAGAAUGAAAAUCAGCCUUUAGUGAAGCAGGAGCCUCACACCUCUAUGGUGAUUUCUGCUUAUGAGGAAAUAUUCCACAAUGUACCAGAACUGCACCAGGUGAUGGAAGUAAAGAAUGAACCAGAACCUGUACAGAUUAAAGAGGAACCUGAACCUGUUAUAAUUAAAGAGGAACCCGAACCAGUGAAGAUCAAAGAGGAACAGGAGUAUCUCUGCAGUAAUCAGGGUGACGAUCAGCUGAAGAAGGAGACAGACAACGGUGUGGUGAUUCCUACUUAUGAGAAAAAGAGCAAGGGUGAACCAGAACCAAACAGGAACCAUCUCCUCUCUGAAAACUGUCCUGAAGCUGAGACUCAACAUCAGUCAGGGAGCAACCUGAAAGAUUCGGGAUCAAGUAAAGAUGAAGAUCUGCAGCCAGAGAAGAGACAUCAGGACACCAGAAAUCACAGGGACAGUGUGGACAAUUCAAAACCAAAAAGUCAUAAAGAAGAUGCAGCUUGCUGUGAAAUGUGUGGUAAAUGUUUCAGAACAGAAAAAGACUUGUCUGAGCACAUGAGAAACCACAGAGGUGAGGAACAGUAUCCUUGUGAAGUGUGUGGUAAAUCUUUUGGUCACGAAGAUCAUUUGAAAAAACACAAAACAACUCACGCAGAUAAGCCUCAUUCUUGUGAGUUGUGUGGAAAAUCUUUUCGACGAAUUGACAAUUUAACUUGUCACCUUAGAACUCACACAAAUGAAAAGCCUUAUUCUUGUAAUUUGUGUGAAAAAUCUUUUCGACAAAGUUACACUUUGACAUAUCACCUUAGAACUCAUACAGGUGAUAAGCGUUAUUCUUGUAAGUUGUGUGAUAAAUCUUUUGGACUUAGUCAACAUUUGAUGAAUCAUCUUAGAACGCACAGUGAUGAAAGACCGUAUUCAUGUAAGCUGUGUGACAAAUCUUUUCGACUCCGUCAAACUUUGACUAAUCACCUUAGAACCCACACAAAUGAAAAACCUUAUUCUUGUGAAUUGUGUCUCAAAUCUUUUAGAACAAAGGCUAUUUUGGAUCGUCACCUGAUAUCCCACACAGAUGAAAAGCCUUAUCCUUGCAAGUUUUGUGACAAAGUUUUUCGACAUAAUCACAAUUUGAAAUGUCACCUCAGAACUCAUACAGGUGAAAAACCUUAUUCUUGUCAUUUGUGUGAAAAGUCUUUUAAACAAAGUAACGAUUUGUCUCGUCACAUUAGAACCCACACAGGUGAAAAGCCUUAUUCUUGUAAGUUGUGUGAUAAAUCUUUCCAACAAAAUGGCAGUUUGACUCGUCACCUUAAAACUCACUCAGAUAAAAAGCUUCAUUCUUGUCAUGUGUGUGAAAAGUCUUUUAAACAAAGUAACGAGUUGACUAGUCACCUUAAAAUUCACCCAGGUGAAAAACCUUAUUCUUGUCAUUUGUGUGAUAAAUCUUUUCGACAAAAUCAAAAUUUGACUAUUCACCUAAGAAUUCACACAGGUGAAAAACCUUAUUCUUGUCAUUUGUGUGAUAAAUCUUUUCGAAAAAAUUACAGUUUGACAUGUCACCUUAGAACUCACACAGGUGAAAAGCGUUAUUCUUGUAAGUUGUGUGAUAAAUCUUUUGGAUUAAGUCAACAUUUGACUAAUCACCUUAGUACUCACACAGGAGAAAAGCCUCAUUCAUGUAAUUUAUGUGAAAAAUCUUUUCGACUCCGCCACUCUUUGACUUCUCACCUUAAAACUCACACAGAUGAAAAACCUUAUUCUUGUGAAUUGUGUGACAAAUCUUUUAGAUCGAAGCCGAAUUUGAUCCGUCACCAAAGAUCUCACACAGGUGAAAAGCCUUUUCCUUGCAAGUUUUGUGAUAAAUCUUUUCAACUUAGUCACAAUCUGAAAUGUCACCUUAGAACUCACACAGGUGAAAAGCCAUAUCCUUGUCAUUUGUGUGAAAAGUCUUUUAAACAAAGUAACGAUUUGACUCGUCACCUUAGAACCCACACAGAUGAAAAGCCUUAUUCUUGUGACUUAUGUGUUAAAUCUUUUAGAACAAAGGCUGUUCUGGAAUGUCACUAUAGAACUCACACAGGGGAGAAGCCUUUUACUUGCACCUUGUGUGGCAAAUCUUUUCGAAAAAGUUCUGCUUUGACUUGUCACCUUAGUAUUCACACAGGUCAUAAGCCUUAUUCUUGUGAUUUGUGUGGAGCAACUUUUAGAUGCAGCAGUCAUUUGGCUCGUCACAAAAGAACUCGCACGUGUGAGAAGCCAUAAAGACAAGGCAAGUUUAUGUAUAAAGCACUUUAGUAACAAGACGAUUCAAAGUGCUGUACAUGAACAUAAAAAGUGUUACAGAGUAAAAAUAGCAUUACAGAUGAAAGCACAUUGCACUGGAACAGUAGCAGCAGGUCAGAUAAAGUAAAAGACAAGUUGGACUGCAAACUGGAGCAUUAACAGUUAAAGGCAACUCUAAACAAAUAGGUUUUUAACCUUGAUUUAAAGGAACUCAGGCUUUCAGAAUUUUACAGUCUUCUGUGAGUUUGUGCCAGAUAAGUGGAGCAUCAAAACUAAUGCUGCUUUUCUGUGUUUUGUUCUGAGCUACAAGAGCUGAGUGGUCUGGAGAGUUGAUACACUGAUAACAAGUCUGUGAUGUAUUUAGUUACUAACCCAUUCAGGGAUUUAUAGACUAACAGUUGUAUU